GACGUCUAAUCAACAAUUGGAACAUAUUUUCUCUCCCAUCUAGACUAUGAUAGCCGCGUCCAAGAAUAAGGUAUUUGAAAGAAAAGAAGAAGCAAUAGAGCUCUUCCAACCAUUGCUGCAAUUGGGUUUGGCGUUAAUUAUCAUUUUGGCUUUUUUGGUUAUCAACUGAUCAUGCGAUAAAUGCAACGCUCGUACCCGUCCGCCCUCUUAACUUUGUACUUAGGUUUGUCUUGAAUCCAACAAUUUUGCGACAGCCCAGGACAGCCUCAGAUAUCGCAGCCUCAGUCCUCAAGUAAGGCCACCAAGGCAGCUCAACCACUCCUAAGGCCUCGUAGCCGCCUCCCAACCAACAUCUUCGCAGCGUCAACAUCCUCAAAAUGGAUGCCGUGGAUGUUUCAGAGCACUACGAGGUCGGCACCCGUGAGGAGACUCCCUCGCUCCUCACCAUCGUCCUCGAUACGAACCCCCGAGCCUGGGCGUCGCUCAACAACGUCCUUCCCCUUUCGCGUGCUAUAGCGAACAUCCUCGUCUUCGUUAACGCCCAUCUCGCCUUCAGCAACGCAAACCAGGUCGCUCUUAUCGCCGCGCACGUUGAUCGCGCAGAAUGGCUUUACCCAACGCCUCCCACACCCUCACGCGACGCCUCUGGCGAUGUUGCCAUGAACGAUGCUGUUGCGCAAACGCAAACCUCAGCGAACAAGUUCCCGCAGUUUGCGCAAAUUGAAGCUGCCGUUUUGGCUGCGAUUCGAAAACUCCUGGAUCAGACAAAGGAGGAGGAUCUCUCUGCUACGACACAAAUCUCCGGAGCCUUGACGCUGGCGCUAUGUCAUAUCAACAAAGCUGCGCAGGCUCUCUGUGCGCCUACGGCUAAUCUCGAGGACAGCCAUAAAGGCUCGUCGAAUACUGCUCCCCCAACCGUUCGCGGCCGAAUCCUGGUCAUUUCUGUCUCCGAUUCAGAACCCUCGCAAUACAUUCCCACCAUGAACGCUGUCUUCGCCGCUGGCCACAACCAAGUUGCUAUCGAUACUCUCUCUCUUACUGGAGAGCCAACUUUCCUACAACAGGCUUGCUAUAACACCGGUGGCACAUACCUCGCUGCUACACAUCCCCAAGGACUACUGAACUACCUCAUGUUCGGCCUCAUCGCAGACACAGAAGCUCGUGAAGCUCUAAUCGCCCCAACACACGACACCGUCGACUUCCGCGCCGCCUGUUUUUGUCACGGCCGAGUUGUGGACACAGGCUUCGUCUGCUCUAUCUGUCUGAGCAUCUUCUGUGAGACGCCAGAGAACUCGGAAUGUUUCACGUGUGGCACCAAACUAUCUCUGGGUAACUAUGGCGCGAAACCCGCCGUUGUACCAAGAAAGAAGAAAAAGAAGCGCAAGAUCGUCAAUGGAGGCGGAUCACGGGAAGAGACAGGCAGUGCGACAGGGACACCCCGUCCAUGAAAGAGCCAGUAAAUUGCUUGAAGAACGGGGGCGAAGAACGGGAUAUACCCUUGAUGACCAAUGUACAUAUAGUCUCGCGGCGUUAAGGAAAUUAGCCAGAUAUGGCACUUAUUACAGAUGGUGCUACAGUCAAUGCAUACUACUCUGGAGUCUCAAGUCUGUAGAUAUCAAUAUUGAAGUGAUCAGACUAAACAGCGGGCGUAGGGCUAUGCUCCAAAAGCUAUCACUUGAGUCUAAUGCAUAAUAAUAUUCUAAUCGACCACUG